CGGUUCCAUAUAUAUAUAUAUAUAUAGAAUCCACAUCGUUUCUCUAGGGUUUACGAGCUUCCUUGCACCUCUGCAGCUACCGCUAAGAGUAAGGGUUUGCUUCGUAGCCUGUUGACAACGAUGAUCAUUCCAGAGAAGAACAGGAGGGAGAUCUCAAAGUAUCUCUUCCAAGAGGGAGUUUGCUAUGCGAAGAAGGAUUUCAACCUUGCAAAGCACCCAAAUAUAGAUGUACCAAAUCUGCAGGUGAUUAAGCUGAUGCAGAGCUUCAAAUCCAAGGAGUAUGUUCGUGAGACGUUUGCAUGGAUGCACUACUAUUGGUACCUCACAAAUGAUGGGAUUGAGUUUUUGAGGACUUAUCUCAAUCUUCCAUCAGAAAUUGUUCCUGCCACAUUGAAGAAAUCUGCGAGGCCCACUGGUCGGCCAAUGGGUGGCCCGCCUGGUGACCGGCCCCGAGGGCCACCACGCUUUGAUGGAGACCGCCCAAGAUUUGGUGAUCGUGAUGGGUACCGAGGAGGCCCUCGAGGAGGUGAUUUUGGUGGUGAAAAGGGAGGUGUUCCAGCAGAUUUCCAGCCAUCAUUUAGAGGGUCUGGUGGGAGACCUGGCUUUGGCCGUGGUGGUGGAGGUUAUGGCGCAGCCCAAUCCAGUUCUUCUGGCUUUGCCUGAAGGUCUUUGCUCAUUUUUAGCCCGUUUAUUGUUUUAUGAAUGUAUUAGAGGAAGCCUGUGGAUUGUCGCCCUUAUCCAACUCCCUUUUUUUUUCAUCCCUUCUUCCCCAGGAUUUUGUAAGCAAAGUUUUUAAUACAUUGCUGAACUUGAUUUGGGAUUUGAAAUAUAUAUCGCAAGUCUGUUAUAAGUUCUUGUGAAA